UUUAUGUUUUGGAUUAAUCCCUGCAUAAUGGAGUGGAGUGGCACACAGGUUUGUUCUUUGCAACCUUUAUUAUGAAUAAUGGAGGAGCACAAUAGCAGCAACUCUGCUUGGGCAACGAUGCCCUUCGCACCCCACAGACAACUGGGCACCCUUCCUGACCUGCAAACCCGCCUCAAAGACCUGAUAGGCAUGUUUUUCAUGGUGACCCUGAACGUUCUGGCACUCCUGGCCAACACUGCUGUCAUGGUGGUCGUCAUCAAGGCUCCUCAUCUCAGGAAGUUUGCCUUCGUGUGCCACCUGUGCGUCGUGGACCUGCUGUGUGCCACCUUGCUCAUGCCUCUCGGCAUCGUGUCCAGCUCUCCCUACUUUGCUCGGGUGGUGUUCACCACGUUGGGGUGCCGGGUGUACGUUUUCCUCAACGUGAGCCUCGUUGCUGCUUCCAUCUUCACGGUCACAGCCAUAAGCGUGGAGCGUUACUACUACAUUGUCCACCCCAUGCGCUAUGAGGUGAAGAUGACUCUGAAGCUGACUGCGGCUGUGAUGGUGAUGGUGUGGGUGGCCUCGUUCGUUCUGGGCUUUUCCACAGUUUUUGGUUGGCCCUCCCACAGCAGCCUGAGCACCAUCAGGGCUUCACACUGCUCCCUUCACUGGAGCCACUGCAAGCACAGGCGGAUCUUCUCCGUGCUCUUCAGCGUCACUUGUUUUUGUUUUCCGGCUGUUGUGAUUUUGGCGGUCUACUGUAACGUGUACAAGGUGGCUCGAGAUGCAGCCCGGCAGCACGCGCCUCUGCCAUCGUGGACGACCAACCAGCCGAAGCAUCGCUCUGACUCCAUAAACAGCCAGAUUACCAUCAUCACAAGCCACAGCACUCCUCGCAGGGUCACCCGUGACCUUCUUUUCGGUGGCAGUAAAGCUGCUCUCACUCUGGCGGUCGUCGUUGGCCAGUUUCUAAUCUGCUGGCUGCCUUACUUCGCCUUCCACCUCCAUCUGAUACUAGAUGCCACACCUCACAUCCCCAAUGACUUGGAGGAAGCCGUCACCUGGCUGGCUUACUCCUCCUUUGCGAUGAAUCCUUUCUUCUACGGGCUCCUCAACAGACAGAUCAGGGAGGAGCUCCUGAAGCUGCGGCGCUGCUACUCAGCCCGCCCGCUGGAGCUGGCUGCUUCCAGCCACGAGGGCUCAGGCCAUGAGAACUUCCUGCAGUUCCUCCACAGGACCAGCUGCAUGUUAGAGACAUGCGCCAGCUGUGCCACACCCAGUCCAAGAGGUACUCUGGAUCAAACUGGACGGACUGGUUUCAGGAUACCAGGUCAGGUCCCGGAAGAGUUUAGUUAGAUCUUAAAAUUGGAUGAAACAAAUACAGAGAACAUUAUACAUAUUUUGUUUAUGUGGAGGUCUUUGUGUUUGGUCUAAAAAUGCUUUCAGACCUCCAAAAUGUUCAUUUUUAUUUUAUUUGUGUGGUUAUUUUUCUUCUUUUUAUACCAUCAAUAAAUAUAAUUUUUAAAAUUCGACAAGUACGUGUAUCACAUUGUUACUUGUACAGUUUUACUUAUAAACUAUAACAAAAACUACUUAUACUUUGACUUAGAACUGUUGAAAAUCUUUUUUUUUCAAGAAUAAAU